AUGUCUGACUUGAGCAUUAUUGCUCAAAUUCACGAACCGCAAAUAUUUCUUUGCGGAGAAAUGUUUCGCUGCGAAGUAACUGUUACAUCGUCUAACUCGAAACUCUCCCGGACAAUCAGAAAUAUCGAGGGCGUUUUAGUGGGCCAAUAUCGACUAAAUUUACCCUGCCUUAGUGAUGUGUAUACAUCCGGAUUAGAUCCUCAAAGCCAUGUCUCUUGGAUACAUUUGCUGAAACCCACGACUCAUUUCCCUCUCCAACUCAGUGCUGAAGAGCGAUCUGUAAGGAUAACUUUAAAAGCUCGCCUGCCAGAAAAUCUCCCACCAAGUUAUCGAGGUCACAUAAUCCGAUUCGCUUACAAGGUUCUCAUCAAGGUUGAUGUAGAUGAUAAACCCACUCAAAUCCUUCGCCUGCCUUUCCGCGUUUUACCGGCCGUUGCUAGCUACUAUCCAUUCGACUCCUCCUCAGCUCACUCUGCUUCUGAUUUAACGAGUGUUACUUACAGUGAAAGUCAAUCCGUCUGUGGACGUAUUUCUGAUCCAUUUCACAUAGACUUUAACGAUCAAACUGCCUAUGGUAACGACCCUUUUGAUAACGGAACUGUUCAAAAGGCCGCCAUGCAUCCAGCUAUUUACGAAAAGCUUAAUCGGUUAUAUACCGAUGAUCAAGUCUCUUCCACUACCAAUUCCACCAAGAAAUCCAAGAAGAAGAAUAAGAGCAGGAGGGCUAGAACAGCUUCCUUAUCUCAAUCCCCCUCUGCAAUGUUUGCUGAACUUGCAUCCUCUAGUUCUCUAGCUAGCUUUGUGAUAUCUGCUCCAAGUGGUCAUAUCUGUCGAAUUGGGAUCUUUAAAACGGUAACUAGGUUAGGAGAUUCAUUUCGUGGGUAUCUAGACUUCCGAACAGCUAACCUCCCCUCAUUCGAAUGCGUUAUACGAGCAGAAACUUAUGAGUUCUUUGAUCCCUUUCCUCAAACCGAUAUCUACCCCGAUAAAGUUCUCUCUUUUUUCACUGUCCCAAUAGAUGUCCCCUCAGUUUCAAAAAGCAAAGUUCUCAAAGUUCCGGCAAAUGCAAUGAUGACUACGUGGUUUGAGACCAAAUUGGAAUGUGCCAAUACGAAAUUUCUCCCCUUUUCAAUUCCAGUUCCUUUAAAUGCUCCAGCAGAAUUUAUGCUGGCAAGUAGGUAUUGGAGCGGAAUUUGUCGAAUUCAUUGGUGCAUUCGAUUUGAUUUUACUGUCGCCAAAUUGAAGACACAGAAGAAAUCCCUUUCAACUCCUGAAUCGGGGCUCUACAAUCUCUUUUUACGAGAUACUCCUAUCUCUGAGAAUCCGAAAUGUACUCCUUCAAUUGACUGUGAUACCCAGACCUUCCGUUGGGAAUUGCCCGUGUGUGUUAUUCCAAAUGGUCCUAUUGCUUUCUUACUUCCUAGUCAUUCAAUAUCUACUUGUAAUUUUGCAGAGUCGUGA